CUGCUCACUAGGGUAAAGACGGACUGGCGAGCAAGAGAUGUGACCGGGCACCCCUGGCUGGCAGGUGCUCAGCCCCGGCGCACACAGUGUUAAAGGCAUCAGCGCAGCCAUUAGAGGCAAAGUUGGGCUCCGCGCGAGCCCAGUCCGCGCCGCCCCGUGCCCGCUGCACUCGCCGCCGGCUCGCUGGGCGUGGGGAGGGCGGCGAGCACGCAAGCCGAGCGGCUGACGUGGGACGAGCUGCCAGGUAGCGGAAGCAGCCAGCCGCCCGGCGGAGACACUUCGCAGCGCGGCAGCUCUGCUCUGCGCCCGAAGCCUCCGGAUCCCAGCCAGCUCGCCCCGACCUCGCCAGUCGCAAUCCCCAGUGCCCAGGCUGGUCUUCGCUGAGAGCGAGCGGCGGCAUGUACGCAGUGUCGCACCCCGGGCUCUGAGAGCAGCGCGUGGACACGCUUGCCUGCCUGUCUUUUUAGGUUUUGGGGCUCUCGGCUACACGGAUGUGCCCCCCUCCCUUGGCAUGAUGGGGAUCUUUUUGGCGUCAGUUGGAUUUGUGUUCUUUUCCGUGCUGUAUGUACAAGAAGGGCUUUCUUCUCAAGCAAAAUUUACCGAGUUUCCGCGGAACGUGACUGCGACCGAAGGGCAAAAUGUGGAAAUGUCCUGUGCUUUCCAAAGCGGCUCCGCUUCAGUGUACCUGGAGAUCCAGUGGUGGUUCCUUCGGGGACCAGAGGACCUGGAGCAAGGGACUGAGGCUGCAGGCGCGCAGGUGGAGCUCUUACCUGACAGAGACCCGGACAACGACGGGACCAAGAUUAGUACAGUGAAAGUCCAAGGCAAUGAUAUCUCCCACAAGCUUCAGAUUUCCAAAGUGAGGAAAAAGGAUGAAGGUUUAUAUGAGUGCAGGGUGACUGAUGCCAACUACGGAGAGCUACAGGAACACAAGGCCCAGGCCUACCUGAAAGUCAAUGCCAACAGCCAUGCUCGGAGGAUGCAAGCCUUUGAAGCCUCACCUAUGUGGCUACAAGACAUGAAGCCUCGAAAGAAUGCAUCUUCAGUGAUUCCCAGCAGCAUCCACAGCUCUGCCAACCAACGAAUGCACUCCACCUCCAGCCCUCAAGCGGUAGCCAAAAUCCCCAAGCAAAGUCCACAAUCAGAUUUAUGUAUCAAUAAUGACCCAAAUUAAGAGCCUUUCACUUAAUCAAAAUGGAAAUGAAAAAGACUCUCCAUAAUCAUCCAUAUAUUUAGUGACCUGUGGCUUUAAGCAGAGCUAUUCUCCAAGGGCUUUUGAUUUUGAAGGAGAAACUUCAGCUGCCUGUGAUGAAAUUGAUGGUGAUAAUGGCAGGAAGUGAGGAGGGGGGUGAAGGAAGUGGUGCAGAGAUAAGGCUGCUCCUGCAAAUGCGCCUUGGAUGCCAAUUUGGAAGCUUAGUCACACAUCUCUCAGCUGUGCAAGUUAAAGUAAUUCUGAAUGGCAUGAACUUAUGCAAUCGUUCCACCAAUGGAAACUCACUGAACUUCUAACCUUGAUGUCGGAUAAAGGCUGCCUUGAUUGAGCAGUCUGGUACAAGACCUCUGGCUGUCGUAUUUUCUCAAAUGUGUUGCCUAAAGUAGGAUAAGAGGAGUGUUCUGCUCAAGCACGUAUCUGAUAUACAUGAAAUCAGUUGUGGUGAUUUUUUGUUUUUUUUUUUUUCCACCUAAAAUUUUUCAGCAAGUGAAUUCCAAGAUAAUAAUAUUCACCAAGAGCUUCAGAUAUCCAAGGCGGGGUUUAUAAGACAAGGCCGUAGAGGAGAGCAGUGUGGCUGGUGCAGACUAUAGGGAGUUACAGCACCACAGGCCCAGGCCUACCUGGAAGUCAUUAGCAACAGACAAUGCAUACCCCUACACCCCUGCUUGUUAGCAAUAUGUUUAAGAAAUAUAUGUUCCAGAAUAUUCUGCAGAAUAUUCCAGUGGUAUAGCACUUUAUUGUUUUGUAUAAAGCCCUGAAUUCAGUCUCCAGCAUCAUAGAAAAAAAAUAUUCAAUCAAGAAAAACUAAUUAAAUAAUGCAUGUCAACCUGCAUUUCCUCCUUAUGCUUUUUGUUUGCAUAGACAUUAUGUAGAUCCAGUAGAGUGCUCAUAUAUGGGGUUCUGUGCAUUCCCAUGACUUUAAAUGUUGGUGAAACUCCUCUGUUAUGUUUUAUUCCUGGUAACAUAGCAGUCUGCUGAAUGAUGCUUGAGCCUUUCUGAAGUCCUGAUUUUCUGGCUUUGUCUCAUUUUCCUUGUGAUCUUUUUGUUUCCCAAAUUCAAGAACAAAGCCACUACAGCUAAUGAUGGUUUUUAUUCUAUGUGAGAGUACACAAAUGCCUACAUCUCAAUUACAGUUUUCUAAGUACUAUUGUACAAUGAUGAAAUUGUGACCUCUUUAUCCUCCUUUACUUUUACAUUAUAACCCAACAGGGUAAACACUACCUGUAGAGUUACAGUAUGUCCUCUGUAGUCAAUUUACAACAUAAUUAGUGAGAAGUUAUUUGCAUACAUAGAAUAUUUCAAGCUAGACACCAUAAAUCCAUCUGUGUGAUACAGUCAAAUGGAGCAAUUAAUCCAUUUGAGCGACUAAAGAGAAUGACAUGUUCUGUUUCUAAAAUAUCUUAUUCACUUUAUGAUAUAAAAUAAUAUACUCUAAAAUAACUUUUAUUUUGCUCUCAAUCUCUUGGAGCUGUGAUGGGAACUAAGUUAUGAACUAAAUACCUUCAAACAAUUUUCAAGUAAAUUUACUGCUUGUUUCGCAUAUUCCCAUCAGGUAUUUUCUCAAACACAAAAUUGUUUUUCCUAAAUGUUAAAGGAGAGGAUGUUGUCUCCUGGAAAUCUCCAUAUAGUCAAAGCAUUGUGGACCACUCCUUUCCUGACUGUAGCAAAGAUGAACCUAAAAUAUCUCAAAACAUUCAAUAUUCCUUUUUCUUCCAGUGAAUAUUGGAAAAUCUUUCAUGCACUUUUAUCAACAUUCUCUAGAAUCUCUUUCAGAAGUCCAGGCUCUCCAGCCACUCUAGCACGUUGUCUACAUUUCAUGCUUGUAAGAUCAUUUCAUUUAAUACAGUCAUUAGGAUGGAUAUUUACAUAUUACAUACAUUAUAUUGCAUACAUAACACUCCUGUCCCAGCUGAUAAUUUUGCUGUCCAAGUUUCACAUUAGACUCAAGUAAAACUCAUUUCAGUAUCUCAUUUAUUUACUUUCUGUCUCCUGAAGGCAUGACAAACACAGGAACACAUACAUGAAAAGCAAUUUCCUCCCUCUACAGGAUUUUUUUUUUAGUUUUCCAUAAAAAAACACUGGAUAUUCAUAAAUUCCAAUAGUGUGCAAUUUUUAUGGUAAAGACAUAAAUUGAAAUCUUGCUGUGAGUGACUUUCAUAGUUUAUCAGCUGAUACAACAAGGCUUCCCUCAUCUACAGCAGCGGUUCUCAACCUUCCUAAUACUGCCAUCCUUUGUUGCAAACCUUCAUGUUACAGUGACCCCCACCCACACAACUAUUUUUCUUGCUACUUCAUAACUAUAAUUUUGCUACUGAUAUUAAUCUUAAUUUGAAUAUCUGGUGUACAGGAUACUGAUAUGUGACCUCUGUAAAAAAAGUUGUUCAACCACAGGUUGAGA